GGGCCCGCACUCCCUGGGAUUGUGGGAAAUGUAGUUUUUUGCCUCCGUAAAGGACUAGGCGGAACUGAGGAACAGCGCGAGGACUGGGACCGUGAUUCCUCUAACCGGAAACCGUAGCCUUUCGGCCCGGCGUGGCCUGAGCCAAUGCAGAAUCGGGGGCCGCGAGGACACCAGGGGGCGCUGUGCGUAGGAACCGCCGGGUGGCCGCUGCAGAUCGGGGCCGACUUGGAGACGGACCGGAAGUCCCCGAGGGCGGCCGCGGAACGGUCAAUUUGAGCUGCGCCGAGGUCGGGCCUGGGAAGGGUCAGCGGGAGGCCUGAGGGCGCCGGGCGCUGCGGCAGGCGGUUCCGGGGUCCUGCCGAGAGGGUCCCGGCGCCAGGCAGCGCGAUCCGCGUGGGGGUGAAGCCGGGGAGGGGGCCGGCCUCCCCGUUCUGGGACCUUUCGCUCCUCUGGGACCUGGGGCCGCCGCCCACAGACCAUGCUCCUGGGGCGCCUGACUUCCCAGCUGUUGCGGGCCGUUCCCUGGGCAGGCGGCCGUCCGCCCUGGCCCGUCUCUGGAGUGCUUGGCAGCCGGGUCUGCGGGCCCCUUUACAGCACACCGCCGGCCGGCCCAGGUAGGGCGGCCUCUCUCCCUCGCAAGGGGGCCCAGCUGGAGCUAGAGGAGAUGCUGGUCCCCAGGAAGAUGUCCGUCAGCCCCCUGGAGAGCUGGCUCACGGCCCGCUGCUUCCUGCCCAGACUGGAUACCGGGACCGCAGGAACUGUGGCUCCACCCCAAUCCUACCAGUGUCCGCCCAGCCAGAUAGGGUUAGGGGCCGAGCAGCGGGAUGAAGGCGUCGGGGAUGCGCCUCAAAUUCAGUGCAGAAACGUGCUGAAGAUCCGCCGGCGGAAGAUGAACCGCCACAAGUACCAGAAGCUGGUGAAGACGACGCGGUUCCUGCGGAGGAAGGUCCGGGAAGCACGCCUGAGAUGCAAGCAGAUCAAGUUCGAGAAAGACCUGAGGCGCAUCUGGCGGAAGGCGGGGCUGAAGGAAGCCCCCGAAGGCUGGCAGACACCCAAGAUCUACCUGCGGGGCAAAUGAGUCUGGCGCCGCCCUUCCCGCCUGUUGCUGCUGUGAUCCCUAGUAAUAAAUUCUCAGAGAACUCAACCUU